CGCUCUCGGAGCAGAGUUCCAGCCAGCGGCUGUUGACACACAGCUUUAUGAUGUGGGCGAAGUAACGGUCUGUGGUCAUUCUGUUUUGGACUGGUUCUAAAAAAAAAAUAGUUAUCUUUCAUUUUACUACCGUUUUUGCGUGGGGCCUCUAACACGAGUUCAAUUCUUAGUUAUCUCUUCGUGUAAAGGCGAGGCUUUGGGCGGUGGGAAGCUUUGCUACUCGCUAGCUAGCAGCGAGCGGAUCAGCUGCCGAGCGGGCGACACUUCACAGCUUUUAUGGGAAGAGAGGGAGAAGCUUCCGGUGCUCGGAUAAUAAUGCAGUGAUUACAUACGUGGCUCGCUGUCGACUCGAUAUUAGCCGUUAGCCACUUAACUUUUAGCUUGGACUCGUGAAGGUUCACCAUUCAGCUGGAGAUGAAGAGCUAAAUUGAUGCUUGGAUUCAAACAUCUACAAAGGAGAUGAGUCAGCUUUGGUGGCGAGCCAAGCGCCUGUCGGAGAGGUUGGGAAGCGACUCUCCCGAUGGCCUUCCUCCGGGCAUCCCGAGCACCGUGGCCCCUCAGGGGUCCAACUCCUCCUGGGCUCCCAUCCCCCUUGUGUUCAGGCCGGAGGAGCCGUUCUUCCUCAUGACGUCCACUGCCCAGAUUAUCUCCGGGUUCUUCGUCUGGACGGCGCUUCUCAUCACGUGUCACCAGAUCUACAUGCACCUCCGUUACUACAGCUCUCCAAACGAGCAGAGACACAUAGUCAGGAUCCUGUUCAUCGUCCCCAUCUACGCCUUCGACUCCUGGCUCAGCCUGCUUUUCUUCACCAAUGAGGAGUAUUACGUGUACUUCGACACGGUCAGAGACUGCUAUGAAGCGUUUGUCAUCUACAACUUCCUGAGUUUGUGUUAUGAAUAUCUGGGAGGAGAGAGCGCCAUCAUGGCUGAAAUCAGAGGGAAACCCAUCGAGUCAAGCUGCAUGUACGGGACCUGCUGUCUGUGGGGAAAGGCCUACUCCAUUGGUUUCCUCAGGUUUUGCAAGCAGGCCACUCUCCAGUUCUGCGUGGUCAAACCUCUGAUGGCGGUCAUCACCGUCAUUCUUCAGGCCUUUGGGAAGUACAAAGACGGAGACUUCAACGUGGCCAGCGGCUACCUGUACGUCACCAUCAUCUACAACAUCUCUGUCAGCUUGUCGCUCUACGCGCUCUUCCUCUUCUACUUUGCAACGCGCGAGCUGCUCGUCCCCUACAGCCCCGUGCUCAAGUUCUUCAUGGUGAAGUCGGUCAUCUUCCUCUCCUUCUGGCAGGGCAUGCUGCUGGCCAUCCUGGAGAAAUGCGGCGCCAUCCCUCAGAUCAACUCCGCCGACUUCUCCGUGGGGGAGGGAACGGUCGCCGCCGGCUACCAGAACUUCAUCAUCUGCAUCGAGAUGUUUUUCGCCGCCGUGGCUCUGCGCCACGCCUUCACCUACAGGGUCUACAUGGACAAGAGGCUGGACUCGUACGGCUCGUUUCCCAUCUAUGGACAGUACGGUCGCGGCGCUCCGAUGAAGAGCAUCUCCAGCAGCCUGAAGGAGACCAUGAACCCGGGGGACAUGGUCCAGGACGCCAUCCACAACUUCUCCCCGGCCUACCAGCAGUACACCCAGCAGUCCACGCUGGAGCGCGGCGGGGGGCCGUCCCUGUCCCGCAGCCACAGCAACCUCAGCGCCCGCGGCGACAACGAGAAAACCCUCCUGCUGAGCUCUGACGACGAGUUCUGACCUCCGACCUCCUGACGUUUUACUCAAGCCUUAACUUUCAGCGGUGUUUUUUUUUUUUUUUUUUUUUAGUUUCCAUUCCGGAUGAGAGCGACAGCUCUGGUCGGAAACCGUGGCGACCGGAGGCGUCACGGAGGGACCAUCCCAGGCUUUUUGAAGGCCGACUUGUUACUCGUGGCGAUGUCAUAUAGCAGCUGUGGUUGUUACGGUUACAGAUGCUAGCUAAAUGUCUGCAUAUAUCAGAAUAUGGGUUAGUACUAAAUAACCGCGCCUGCUUAUAGCAUCUGGUUAAUGCACUUUAGAUGGUACAGCAGAGAAAAUAAGUGCCAUCUUCAUCUAAAACACACAGCUCUCUUAGUUUUUUGCUUUUGUUGGUUUCUUUUCUGAACAUUGCCAAAAAAAAAAGAGAGAGAGAGAAAUCUGAGCUCCUCUGAUUUUUAAGCGUAGAGUUGCUUUAUAGAGAAAGGUACGGAGAUUCAAUCUGCUGGCUUUAGGUGUGUUCUUUUUUAUUAUUAUAAAUAAUUUUAUAUGUCAUGCUUUGUGUACAACGCAUUAUUAACACACUAUUUGAGAAAUGUAUGUCAGAUAUAUUGUGGAUAUACUAUGUACUUUGUUAUUAUUGUAGGUUUGUUUGAUGAGGCGCAGUGACAGUGAGCCCAGCUGUCCGCCCAGACAGGACAGCUGUAGGAGAGAUUGUUUUGUUUUGACUUGGCGUGGGCGGGGGUUGGGGGAGGGCGGGGACCGGAAGUACGACGCCCACGCAGAUUACAGAUUACCGAAGAAGCCAUGCUUCCUGCUGAGCUGCCCCAGCUGUGAUAUGCUGGACUCUGUAAUCUUCUGAUUGAUGCCGUCAAGUUAAGCGCCGAGCCUGCUGCCCCCUGGUGGUUCCCACAUGUUACUGCAUUUCCAUCGCAGCGCAUUUCAGACGCAACUACUUUUGGAUAAAGGAAAGGCUUUAACUUUAAUGGAGUUGAUAGUCAUGACAACACGUGGAUUUUUACUUUUAUUUUUUUUUUGUCGUUGGAAGGUGUUAACAGAAAUGUGUUUCAGCAGGAAAAUCAUGAUUUCUGGUGUUUUUGCUGUCCUCUGCUGGCUUUAAUGACCUUUCUCCAGAACAUGAUGAAAACGUUUCCAUUUCAGCCAUUAGUCGCCGGUGUUGGUCAAGCCUUAUGUUUUAUGAAUGCAUAAUCCAAUCAUAUUUUAGGUAUAAAAUUGUUGCAGACAAAAACAAAAUACCUCAUAGUGCAGCUCAAAUGAAUGAACCGUUUCAGUGAAGGUGGAAAUUUUGAUGAGAACUUUAUUAUUUUUGGGGAUGUCCUGAUCUGAUGCAAAGUGUCACAUUUUUAAUUUGAGUCUGAACUAAACCCGACCACACUACUUGUUAUUUUCCUGAGUUAUUAAAAUCCACAGCCUUUGCUCAUGUUGCCAGUUCGCAAAAUGGGAUUAGUCGAAGUAACGGGGUUCCCCUCACAAAUCAAGCGUCUCUUAUGUUUACAGUAAUAUUCACAGUAGCUGCGUUUCCAUUGACCGUAUAAAUGCGCUUAAUAGUGAAUUUUAAAUUUUUUUAAAAAGUCACGUUUUUUUGAUAGAAUGUUUUUUUUGCACUGGGAUGAAAUUAGCGUAUUUCACAAAAAUGCAACAGAAACACUUUUUCCGAAUCUCAGGAAACAGCCGGAUGUUACUACCGGCGGAAAAGACGAAGGAGACGACAGGAAGCGGUAAGUGGAUUGUGGCGCACUGGGAUUUUAAUUACGUUUCUUGUCUAAUGGAAACACCGCAAUUGCAAAAGUUUUUUUUUCUCUCGAAAUUAGCAGAAAAAGUUUAGCACAUUUGUAAUGAAACGAAGCUAGUGAAUGAUGCUAGCUGUAGCUAGCGUUAUCCUACCAUUUCAACAACUAAUAUGUCAGCUCAUAGAGGGCAGUCGUUUUAUGUCUUGACACUAAUCUUUAGAGAUGAGAUCAAAUAUUUGUAAUUAUCCAGAAAAGGGAUAAUAUAGCAUUUGAAACCACUGGGAGCUAAUUGUGAUAAAAUAACUCCAAUCUGUAUUGGAGCCCCCCAAAAAAGUCCUGAUCAGGACAUCCCUGUUAUUACUUUUGAUUUUUUUUAAUACCACAGAAUAUUUUUUUUGCUUCAGCAGUUUUGCAGUUGUUGGCUGUAACUCUUAUUUCUUAAGGCUAUGAUUUGUGUGAUUGCAUUGCUUGUGUCUCCUUCUAUUAAGUCUUCAGUCAACUCACUCCAUGAACUUAAUCACUCAGUUAAUAUUUUAUCUGGCUGUAGAAUCUUUAAAACACUAUAAAAUAGUUUUUUAAAUUUAUGUAUUAAGUCUGUCACAAAUCUGGCAGCUUCAUUAAUUGUGUAUAUAAAGCACUGUGCGAUUCUUGUAGGGGAUGAAUGAGUGAGGAGUUGCUCAGUAGUGUUCUGUUUGAAUAUUUUAGCAUCGAGUUGUUUCACUUUUAUAUUUGCUGACGUUUUUUGGUUAAAAAACUUUUUAAUAUGUAUAUUGGUUAUUUGUUUCGAUGCUACGUUGACUUCAGUUGAUGUUGGAAAGCAAAUAAAGGAAAUAUGGGGAAAAAAAUUA